AUGAGCUAUUACGGCAACAACAACAACGGUGGCUACGGCCAACAGGGCGGAGGCUACGGCGGCCCUCCGGGUGGUUACCAACAGGGCGGAUACCAACAAGAUCGUCCUGGCGGCGAAGCCAACUCAUACUACAACAACGGCGGCGGCCCUGACCAGUACUCUCAACAUGGCCAGCAAGGAUAUGGUCAGCAGGGAUAUGGCCAGCCCCCGCAUCACCAGCAGCAGGAGUUCUCUCCCCCUCCCUACCAGAACCAGGGCUACCGCAAUGACGGACCUCCUGGUAGCUACGGAGGACCUGGCGGCCCCGAGGGCGAGGACGGCGAACGUGGCCUGACUGGCGCUUUGGCGGGAGGUGCUGCUGGUGCUUUUGGUGGUAACAAGAUCGGCGGUAACUUCGGCCACAGCAAGACUAGCACCGUGAUAGGAGCUAUUGCCGGCGCCUUUGCUGGCCACAAGCUUCAGGACGGUGUGUCGGACUGGAAGCACGAGCGUGAUGAGGAGGAGAAGCGCAGGAGAGAAGAGGACGAGAGACGCAGAAGAGACGAGAAGCACCAUCACCACGAGGAGCACCACCAUCGCCACCAUGACGAGGAUAGACCUCGCGGUGGUAACUUCGCCGGUGGCUUCACUGGCUCUUCUCGUGACAUUCGCAUCGACGCCCACGGCGACUACAACCUUCGCGCAUCGUGCAGGCGCCGCGAUGGCUCAUGGCAGGAGAGCUGCAUCAGCCUUAACCGCAUCCUCGAGAAUGACCAGGGGAGCUUCCGCUGGUCUUCCGGUAGCAGCGGUGGUGGCAACCAGAGCUACACCGUUCAGCAGGGCGACACCCUUCGCAACAUUGGUGAUCGGUUCAACACCAGCUGGGAGGAGAUUGCCAGACAUAACAACAUUUCCAACCCCGAUCAGAUUUGGCCUGGCCAGAACCUCAACAUUUCAACCGGCGGCGGCGGUUCCGGUGGCAACUUUGGUGCAUCGGCCCGCGAUGUGCGCCUGGUCGAUGGCGGACAGCGCUUGGAGGCCGAGCUGUCCCGCCACGGACAGUGGGUCCGCAGCUCUAUCAACUUGGACGAGAGAAUAGGAAACAACGACGGCACCUUGCACUAUGUUUAA